AUGCCCAUCCAAGUCCGCUACGCAACCGAAUCCCUCGCCUCAACCCUCGCCUCCAUCAACAUAGCCUCCUUCGCGGGGCAAGGCUUCAUCGAAAGCGCAUUCACCAACGUCGCCGAUGACGCGAUCUUCGAACUCAAGCGCAAGCGGUAUCUCCAGAAACUCGCCCACCCUAAGACUCAUGUCCUCGCCGCUGUAGACGAGGACUCUGGUGAAAUCGUCGGGUGCGCGCGAUGGGUUUUCCCCGGCGAAGAGGUCGGCAGCCAGCUGAGCAGCGAGGAAGCGGCGGCGGAGGCCGGGGCGGAACUGGCCUUGCCAGAGGGGACGAACCGCGGAAUCUACGAUGGGUUUUUCCAGGUGCUAAAGGAGAAGGGGGAGAAGUAUUAUCGGGAGGAUGAUAUCGUCCUCGAAUUCCUCGCAACCCGCCCAGACCAACAGGGUCGCGGCGUCGGAAAGGCCCUCCUCCGCUGGGGCAUGGACCUUGCCGACAAGCAGCAGCGGCGGAUCUACCUCGAAGCGACGACGCCGGGGUUCCCGCUGUACGCAAAGAUGGGGUGGAGGGCGCUGGAGGAGGCGGAGAUCGACUACACGCAAUGGGGAGGCGAGGGGAGGCAAGUGUUGACGCUGAUGGCGCGCGAUCCGCUCCCUUUCUCCUGA